AUGUUUUCUUCCAGUCGCUCUGAACCUACCUCCUCCUCGCUGUCACUGGCACACGCUAUUGACGAGAUCCGCAACUCAUCAACGGUACCUUUCAAUGUGGACGACUUGAUAAAGACACACGGAAUCAGCUUAUCUAGCAGUGCUCAAGAGCAGUGGGGUGCACCCCGCAAACAAGAUAGCAAUGGUGUUGUUGCCAAGGAAACGUUGAAGCAGCUAAAAGAAGCAGCAACCAGUGACGAGUCGCCACAUGUAUACGACCAAGCGCGAGUUUGGGUGGAUGAGUAUCUGCAAUCAGUGCAAUCACUUGGCACGUGGGCCGACGACGCAUCACAGCAAAUCAAUCAAGUGCAAAUUGCUAGAGACACCCUCAAAGACAUUAUUACUAGAAUCGAAGAGCACAUCCCACAUAAAUAA